UUGGAGUUCCCUCGGCUGAGCUACACAGCGAGCAGCCAGUGCACUUGUGCAAUCAUCACCAACAUCAUCGCUCCAUUUGAUUCAGAGACUUUUAAAAAAAACCCAUCCAAACAAGCGAUGCCGAAAUAGCGCACAAAAUUCAGAGAAAAAGGCAAAGCAAACAAGGGGAAGAAAAAAAAAAAGAAGGUUGAGUUGAGACAUCUUUCGAGACCGGGAACUUGGAUACAAUCAUUACUUAAGGGAUUGUUUUGUUUUUUGGUCGUAUUUUGUUUUCGACUUUAGAUAAAGCGCGGAAGACUGGAGACCGCGGGCGAGUUAAAGCCCGCGCGCUGUCGCCGACACAACCUACUUGAUUUAACUUGCUAUGACAGGUAAAUUAGCGGAGAAGCUCCCCCUUACCAUGAGCAGUUUAAUCAACGCCAUACCUGACAGCCUUUACCCUGAAGAGGACAUUCCCACUUCAUCUAUGAACAUCUUCACCAGCACGGACUCCGUCUCGCACUACUCGCAAAUGAACACAGAUAAUAUCAUGGACUUAGGAAUGGGAGGUGAGAAGAGCAACAGUGAGCUCCCAUAUGCUUCCAGUAGUUUUCAAUCCAGUCGAAGCGGGCAAACAGUUACAUAUUUGGGAAAGUUUGCCUUCGACACGCCACCAUCAGGCAGCAUCGGCAGCUCAGGUUGGUGCCCGGAUAACAACAUCAUCAGCCUGGUGAGUGCCGGCAUCCUCGGCGUGUCCCCGUCACCGGGUACCAUCACCACUCAGACGUCGUCAUCGGGCGGCAUGAGCGUCCAAUCGUCGGACAUUGAUCAAGUGUACGCUCCGCCCCUUCCCGCCUACUCCGCCUGUGGUGACAUGUACCAGGAGCAGGUGGCGUUCCACCACAGCCCCGCAGCAUCGUCAUCGCUGCCCUACGCACCCUCCGAGUACCACAGUUCCACCAAAGCUGUGGACGCCAGCCUCUUCUCCAUGAUCCCCGACUAUAACCUGUUCCAGCACCAAGGUGGCGCGGGUGAAGCGGGCGCCAUGGAACACAAACCUUUCCAAAGCGUCGAGCCCCUUCGCGUAAACCCGCCGCCUAUCACACCGCUCGAGACCAUCCGGGCGUUUAAGGACAAGCAGCAGCUGCAGCCGGGUUUCCUGGGUUCGCAGCAGCACCACGUUUCCCAGCACCAUCACCACCACCAGCCCCAAACUCUCGCCCUUAAGCCCGUGCGCCCUCGAAAGUACCCGAACCGGCCGAGCAAGACGCCGGUGCACGAGCGUCCCCACGCGUGCCCGGCUGAGCACUGCGACCGGCGCUUCUCACGCUCCGACGAGCUCACGCGCCACCUGCGCAUCCACACGGGCCACAAGCCCUUCCAGUGCCGCAUCUGCAUGCGCUCCUUCAGCCGCAGCGACCACCUGACCACGCACAUCCGCACACACACCGGCGAGAAGCCUUUCUCCUGCGACUUCUGUGGACGCAAGUUCGCUCGCAGCGACGAGCGCAAGCGCCACGCCAAGGUGCAUCUCAAGCACAAGGACAAGAAACCUGCAGAAAAGGCGGGCAGCUCGAGUGCCACGGCGACAACGGCUACUCGCACGUCUCCACCUCGUUCCUGCGGGAGCAGCGGAGCCAGCGGGGCCAACGUUCUCACUGUUACCACAUGCGCAUAGGACUGAGAGUGCCACUAGUGUUUGAUAAGAACGAGGGAGGAAGAAACUGAGCUCUUUCCUUUCUUCUGAAAGGCCUAGCCAUUGACUCUCACAAACUCUCCCUCUCUUCAUGCAUUAGUUCUUUGUUUAUAAUGUUUUUAUAUGGUGAUAUAGUCACAUUCAUGUUGACCCUUACCGGGGGGGGGGGUUGAGGGGACACACUAGUGUUUAAUGGCAGGGAGAAUAGCAGAGUGGGGUAGCAGCCGGUGGACAGUCAGGUCAUCCCAGGGAAAAUAAAAAAAACAGGGCACUUUUGUUUUGGGAAAAGCAUUACAGGCUCAGGGAGUCCUAAUUUCCGGCUCCGUGGACUUACACACUCCAUUGAUAUUUCAGUCUGGCUCAGAUUAGUACUUUUUUUUUUUUAAUAAGUAUAGAAUACAAGCUAACCUACACUUGGCAUCAAUUAUUUUUUUACAGUUUGUCGACGGCUCAUCCAGUACGAAAAAGUGCAAUUUAAUUUCCUCAACUUUGUUAAUACCUUGUUUGCGCUGCACUUUGGUUCCUGUUGUUUGUUGUUCCUGUUUUUUUUCUCCCUUUUUUAAAAUACAGCUUGUUAAUUAUUUAAUUGAUGCUAUUUUUUUUUAAAAAGAAUGUGCCAAAUCUGUCUCUUUUUUUUAUUAUUAUUAUUACUUUAAAUACUACAGCCAACUUUUUUUUUUCUCCCCCCCCCCCGUGUUGUCAUUCUCGUGAGCGUAGCAGGGAUUAAUACAGUGAAGCUACUUGACGAUGGAUGGAGUUUAAGGGAAAGCCUUGAAUUUUUACAGCAGCACUGAAAGGCUCAGAGUUGGAGUAGUAUUCAAGUGGGUGUUUCUUGUGUAAUUUAGACCGCAUUAUCUUAAUAUCUCAAAAUCCCAGCAGUACAAUUAAGGGGAUCUGGAUGGCUUUUUGGUAAACAGUAACAGAUUGCCUGUACAAUACCACAAAAAAAAAACAAAAAAAAAAACAAACAAACAAACAAACAACAAAAAAAAAAAGCAAGCAAGAGUGUGUAUCUUGGCAUCCGAGCUCACUAAAAUGCAGUUUACUUAUUAAAGCAUGAAAUUAAGAUAAGAUCUGUGGCUUUUAGGUGAUCUGGUAAAGCCGAAUAAAAAAGGCUUCAUGUGCUCUGUUUAACGCUGAGAUUUGUCCUGCCAUUUCAUUAUUAUUUUUUUCAUUACUCUAAAAGUGAUCAGUAUGAUUUCUUAUCCCCAAAACCGCCUUAGUCUGUAUGCCCUGCAUGCGUCCGUCACAUGUUACUAGCGUGUCUGGAUUAGCACCGAAACAAAAGGACAUUUUCCGGGAGCAAUACGUGUGCAGCUCGACCCCCUCGUCUCGUCACAGGGAGCUGAUGUGAAAUGUGAAACCUCUCUUUCACGUCUGUGUCGUUAUCAUAUUGUAUGUCCGCGUCAUAUCGUCGUUGCCGUCACGUCGUCGCCGACCAUGCUACGUUUCAUCCGUCCCGCUUCGUUGAGCACACACACACACAAAUGAUGGAGCUUUAGAGCAUUAACGUACGGCUAAUCUGGGAUGCCGGCUCUCUGACUGAACUCAGCCGUAUGCAUGCUGUUAGAGAUGCUAUGCUUUUUUGGAUGUUUUGUUGCUUGUUGUCUCUUUUUCUUUUCCCUUCACAGCUCAGCAGCAGUAACGUGGUAUCUCCACGUGUUUUUUUUUUUUGUUUUCCGUUUUUUGUUUUUCCCUCCUCCUCCUCCUCCUCCUCCUACAUGGAACACACUGAGAGAUUCUGACUAUCCGAGAAGGAUCGUCUUCUUUUAUUUUAUUUUUUUUUUUUGUACAGCCGCCUAUAUAAACACAUGACUCGUGUUUUCUACUAAGAAUGUACAGUUUAAAGGAAAGCAAUGCGCUUCAGUAUUACUGUGUGUGUGUCCGUGUCCGUGCGAACACACACGCCAACAACACCCCCACCCCCUGACCCCCUUUCCAUCCCCUCCCACUGCCCCCCCCCCCAAAACUCCCCUGAUCCGAGACUGGAUGCAAAGGGUGUGUUAACGUACAUUUCUGAAGACUGUGUACAUAAUGUAGAAUGUGUUUUUGUUUUUGUUGUUGUUUAUUUUAUUUUUUUUUAACUGUGAGUGCGUUUAAAAAACAAACAAAAAAAAACAAACAAAGAAGCGUUGUCCAACAGUGUCAAACCUGAUGCAUCAUACGUCCAUGAAAUAUUGUUUUUGUGCAUAAUAUACAAAGAUGGAGACACACUGAAUCAUGUGUUUAUUAAAGAAAUAAACCAUAAGGUUAUUUGGAA